CAGAGAUCCACACUACGGGGUGUUUAUAACGCUCGCCAACAACUGGGUAUAAAGACACGUAAUACAGAGCAGACUUGCCAUGUGUUAUGUAUCUUUAUACCCAUGAGAUACAGACAUGUUCCAAUGCAUGUCCUCAUAAUGCAUGUCCUCACAAUGCAUGUCCUCACAAUGCAUGUCCUCACAAUGCAUGUCCUCACAAUGCAUGUCCUCACAAUGCAUGUCCUCAUAAUGCAUGUCCUCACAAUGCAUGUCCUCACAAUGCAUGUCCUCACAAUGCAUGUCCUCACAAUGCAUGUCCUCACAAUGCAUGUCCUCACAAUGCAUGUCCUCACAAUGCAUGUCCUCACAAUGCAUGUCCUCACAAUGCAUGUCCUCACAAUGCAUGUCCUCAUAAUGCAAUACACGUUUUCUAACGCUUUUAUGUUCAUCUCUUUUUGAACGCUUUACACAGUUGAACAUUCCCGAUUGAUCACUCGCUUACGUAAUGUGUAACACUGGGCAGGCGGUGCAAAAUACCCCCAUUGGAAAGAGCACUAUUGGUACACUAAGAGGAAACGCAGUAAGUGUCCGGGGCCCAAGGCUGUUCAACAGUUUCCCACCAUGCAAAAGGGGAAUUACCAAUAGACCCCUGACUCCCUCCAAGAGGGAGCUAUACAGAUACCUAAAGUCAAUGCCGGAUCAGCCGGGCUGUGGUUCGUACAUUGGACUACGUGCGGCCAGCAGUAACAGCCUAGUUGAUCAGGCCCUGAGCCACCGAGAGGCCUGGUCAUGGACCGGGCCGCGGGGGCAUUGAUCCCCGGAAUACCUUCCAGGUAGGUGUUGGUGAGGGGGCUUUUGAUGCGAGGAAGUAGAAUUGUCCUCCCUUUCCUUGGAUCAAACCUGAUUGCAUCCCAUUCCCCAGGUGUUGUGUAACCCCUUUACAUCAUCAAUCAAGACUAAGGAAAGGAGUGAGGGAUCCUGAUGGAAAUAAGCCAGAUAAUGUGAUGGGAUGGAAUGUAUCGGGUUAGCCUGGGUUACUAACCUGUUGGGUUAAUAACCAGAGUAAAAUAAUCUUCAAGGAUAUUUUAAUCCCUAAAAUAGAGAUUAAAAUUCAUUUUUAGUAUUUUAGUAUGUACACAACAUGAGAUGCCCAUCUCUCGGUGUACAUACCCUUGAUGGAGGGUAUAUGUUCAUAUUGUUAAAGGUGACGACGGACCUUGUGUAAUGUACUGUGUCUUUCAUUAAGAUGUUGAAAACACAGCAGAGAAAGGUUGGCAAAUUUUUAACUCUUCGGGUCUAAUGGGAAUAUUUAAAUACAUGUAAAAUCGCUAUUUAUUAAAUAUUUAAGGUACAUUUUAUUAUUUGUUUAUAUAAUACUGGGAAGUAUCACCACUAGUGCUAACUGGAUGUCCGUCAUCUUCACAGAAGAGAAGAGAAUAUACGUACUUCAGGGAAGACUAGAGAUUUCUCCCAAGAUCUGUUUGAGUAUUUUCAUUCCUACCAUUUCCUAUAUAUAUAUUUAUGCGGAUAUUUUUAAAACCAUUAUUUAAAUGAUACAAUGGAGCAUAUGGUUACAUAUUGAUGAGUCCGGUAGUUAACGUGCUUGUAGAGUUGUAAAGACUGUGGGAACUUAAGAUAUGUUGCUCGUCGAGCUCCUCAGUCACCCAUCAGGAACCCAAGAUGCAGCAGGCAUUCCGUCUCUGGAUCGCCCCACUGAGGCGCCGGAAGAGAAAGAUGGCAGCCCUCUGGUCAAGUGGUUUUUGACUACCCUGAAACACAGCUCUUUGAGGAAGUCCAUGGCAGGGUCUAUCCAGGGGGCCAAGGGUCUGAUCUGAUAGGGACGAAGUUUUUAUUGGUGAGCCAAUUCCCUGUACUUGUUGAGCGGUACCACCCUGCUGACCAGCACUAAAUGGGAUGUAUGUGUUGGUCAGGGUAUAUGCACAAGCAUAGUCCUACACCAGCAGCCUAACGUUUUUAGAAUUUUCUCCAAUAUUUAUUUCGGAAACGAAUGCCAGAUUUUGAGAUGUGUCAUUAGAUUUGCUUGGUACUCACGCUACGAAUGUUAUUUAUUUUUGUAAUGUGGCCUUUUUUCGUCAGGUGGUCAAUAUCCUCUAUUUUAGUAUUGUAUUUGGAUGCUUACUUUAUCACUCAAGUGCUACGUUUUGUUGCAUACUCAAACGCAGGGAUAAAGAAAUUCUUUGUAUUCAGUUCACGUUGGAAUUCCUACGUUCCAAUAUUUAUUUUCAGCAUGAGUGAGACUUCUGAUUGUUAAAUUUGUAAAAGUUUUAAUGUAAUUGGCACUUGUUUUUUAUAUAUGCAUGACAGUAUUUUCAAACGAUCAGUUGUAAGUUUGUGAGAUUAGUAAACAAAGAAAAAUAGCAGGGUACUUGGCAGCCAGACAUUGGCAUCUUUUUGAGAUGAAUAAUAAAUCAGAAGAAACAUUAAUAAUGACGUUAAAGACUAAUAACACCAGCAGUGAACAAGGCAGUACAUGUAGAGGAGAAACUAACUCAAACAUGGAGGAUGAAAACAGCAUGAACGAAUCUCUCCCGGGAAGCAUCAGCAGGCUCAGCAGAAAGAACAGUGAGAUGGACCGGAGGAGCAGUGGAGACAGCAGCUGGAGCACAACGAGUAGUAACAUCAACAUAGACGACCUCUCCCUACUCUCGGAAUCCUUUCCAGCCAGACUGUGGCAUCGAUGGAUUGGUCUUCCCAUGCCACUAGGAAAGAUGUCAGACUAUGGGUUCGAGGAGGAUGACAGCGGGGGACUCGGGGGCCACCAGACGGACGCAGGCCAGAACUACAUUACCGUCAUCCCCGUGGAGUACCCCACCAGGAGGCCAUACGCUGACUACGACGCCUUCCCCAGAUCUGCUACGAUAUCCAGACGUCCUCGAGGGGAGACCGAUGCCUUCCCACGAUCUGCCACCAUCUCUAGAGAGUUCCUACGAGAGAGAGCGGCAGCAGACUUCCUUCGUGGGGACUACAAAGGCAGCGCUGACCACCUGGACAAAGCGGCGGGUUUCUACCCCGGCAUCCCACCUCCCGCCUUCGAUGUUCCUCCACUCACCCUGGAGCCUGAGACCCGCAGGCCUUCCACCCACAUGAUGGUCACUCCCCCACACACCACCACAGCCCCUACUAACCUGCCCACCCAUACUAUGCCCGCCACCACCACCACCACAAACGUCACCCACCCCUCAGUGCCUCAACCCACCCUCCACACAGACGACUUCGACAAGACCAAUAAUAAGAACGACCAUGAGAGAAAAACUAAUAAAGGUCGAGGUUGUGGCGGGGUGGAGGUGUGUGUGUUCCUACACUCACGCAUGGCAGUCAGGUUAAGACUGGAAGACGGCGCCCGCAUCACUGCCCAGGAGCUGCAGACCAUGGUUAUCGAGGAGGAGGAUGUGGCUCUCCCGAAGCAAGCCAUGGAAGUCUUCGCUAUAUGGAUGGUCUCCCCUGUACUAGAGAUCCAGUUGAAGCCCUACCAGCGAGCACUUGAGGUGAGGCGUCAGUGGGGAGAGCUGCUGAAGCGCUUCGCACAGAUCCCCAUCAGGCCGCAGGACGCCCGGUACGCCCACGAGCCCAAGAUGGUGUUGAGGAGGAACGUCUUCUUCAGCAAGAGAGAUGAGGUCAAGAUCAGGGACGCCAAGAUCCUCGAGCUUCUGUAUGAGGAGGCUCAGUGGAACAUGAGAUCGGCGCGCUAUCCCUGUGAGCUCUCUGACUACGAAAUGUUGGCGGGCAUCCAGAGUAGACUGGAGCUGGGACCCUACGACCACACUACCCACACCCCAUCCUUCUUCAGACGUCGGCUACUAGAUUACCUGCCGGAACACGCAUGUAGACUCAAGUUCAGCGACCUGGUCAGCUUCAGUAGUAAGUCGACGCCGGAGAUCCGUAUUAUCGAGCAGUUUCGUUCCAUCCCCAGCAACGUGACUGCCCGGAAGCUGGUCAGAAAAUACCUCGAGUUCUCCUGGUCCCUCCCUUAUUAUGGGAGUGCGUUCUUCCAUGGUCAGAUAGAGCAGCCGACGCGGGGGGUGAGUUCGUGGCUACCCCGGCCAGACAUUCCAGUACUUGUCACCAUCAAUGCCACCGGCGUCACCGUUAUAGAUCCCAACAAGUCGACUGUGUUGGUGAGCCUGAGGUACGACGAGCUCUCGUGGGACUUCGCCAGACCCAGCAACGAGCGCAGUGCCACUUGCCUUCCCUGCCUCUUCCUACAGUUCGCCGUCGUUGAGAAUGGCAGAAGAUACUCCAAACUCCUACAGAUCUUCUCAAAACAGGCUAUUAUGAUGGAUGCACUCAUAAGUACCUUUGUAGAGGAGCUUAAGAGGAGGGCGGCCCAGUACCCAGACGACCUGGAGGGACAUAUGCUGGACCACGGCACUGAAAUUGAUGACGUGCUGGUGCCGCUGUCGACGGUGUCGCGGAAGGAGGUGCCUGAGUCAGUUCUCUGUAACAAGCUCCAUAGACUCUCCCUCGCCACCUUCACCGAGGAUGGUCGCUGCGUGGGCACCAUGGGGUCGUGGCAGUUUAGCAGAUGAGGGGAUGCCAUCGACUACGUGUGACCAGACACCCGUACCAUCACGCCCACGUUGCACACCUCAGACUCAGUCACUUGGAGUACGCCCGCACCGGAGUCCAUGCCUUUACUCCAUGCCUGACCACCAGAGCCACGCCCACGCUGGAGUCCAUGCCUCCAAUUCUGACCAAUAAAGCCACGCUCACGCUGGAGUUAUGCCUCCAAUCUUGACCAACAGAGCCACGCCCACGCCGGAGUUCAUGCCUCCAAUCCUGACCAACAGAGCCACGCAGGAGUCCAUGACUUCAAUCCUGACCAACAGAGCCACGCCCACGCAGGAGUCCAUGACUCCAAUCCUGACCAACAGAGCCACUCCCACGCAGGAGUCCAUGACUCCAAUCCAAUCCUAACCAACAGAGCCUCGCUCCCGCUGAAAUCCAUACCUCUACUGUACUAACCAACAGAGCCACCCCCACAGUGGAGUGAUGCCUCUACUGUACUACUAACCAAUAGAGCCAACUCCCCCCCACACUACCUCUACCACUGACCACCAGAGCCGCUACCACACUGGAGUCAUGCCUCUACAUUACUACUGACCACCAGUGAGUAACCUUCACACAAACUGGCUUAGUCACCAUUGUUUACAUUGUGCUCUUAGUGAGAGCGUAUUUCCAAUAUUUAUCCCUUUCAUAAGAUAAUAUUGAAAGAAACUCCAUUGCGUUCUAGUGACGAUGGAAAGUUGAUAUUUUUCCGAUUACAAAUCGUGAUGUUUCUGUUUUUAACAAUGGGUGGCGAAUUUACUAGCCAAAUUAUAAUUGAGAGAAUCCCUAAAACCUUAAUCUGUUGGUAACCUCAGUCACACUGUAGUUCCCGAGGCAGGUGGUUGUAUCAUAUUUUUAGCUACGAUGCUGGGGAAUACUAGUGUUUGGGAGGAUCGACUGACAACAUUAGAAGUGAGAAACAGCAUGUAAGAAACCCUCGUUUGAGUUUUCAUGCAGUGCAACACUGGAUAUUUACAACACAGUUAAGUACAAAGUUUUUUUUUAACAGGAAGAGGUCUAGAGGAGGUAACAGGUGCCAAAUGUCACCAUUGUGCUAUUUAUUUUUUCCUCAUCCAUCAGGUAGCAAUGUAAAAUAUUGGGCUCAUAUUUAUAGAAGAUAAAUGUGGAGGACGUGGAAGUGGUACAUUUCUUAAUCGUUUGUAUUGCUGUUGAGGAAAAUAUCCUUAUGUAGAAAGGGGAAAAU